GUUAAGGAGAUUUCUACUGUCAUUUGCAAAAGACCAAGAGGAGAAGAGUCUCAUUGGUGUGACAGAGAUCCAGGUGGACACGGAAUUACCUCAGCCAUGGCAAUGCUACACCGUGCAUUAUUCACCUGGUUCCUCCUCCUGGUCUUUCUCAUCUUGCUUGCACUCCGGCUUGACCACAGAACCCAUUGGAAUUGGUUCAUUGUCUUUAUCCCUAUGUGGUUCUAUGAUGCACUUCUUCUCAUAUACAUUAGCAUCCAUAUGAUCAAUGAAUGCCGUACGGCUGUUGGGGUGUCAGGUGGCUCACACCACCGCACGGCCAGGCAGCGUCUCUCGGCCAUCCUGAAGCGGGUCUGGCCCCUACUGGCUGUCAUUCUCAAAAUGGCAUUCAUGGUGGCCCUGUGCCUAAAGCAGCAGAACCCUGAUGCGGGAAUUACGUCCUACCAUGUUCUGUUGCCGCUGUGGAUUCUCCUGCUGGGUCUCUGCAUCAAUGUCCUGCAUUGCUUAGUGUUGCAGCACCAAGAUCGGUUUCCAUGAUGUGUAGGGAAUGGGAGAAGGGCAGUGAGUGAGAAAUUUUGCUGUGUAUGUAAUUAUAUGAACUGUACAAAAUGUAGAGUGGACUAAUGAGUAUUGCACAGGGAGGAGAAGUCCUGGAGAUUAUAAUUCCUUUUUUUUUAAAUAUAUUUUUUCUAUUAUUAUGUGGAUGUAUUUGUGAAGUAUUUGUGUCUACAAUUUUGUUUGACUAAAUUCAUUAAAUUUUCAGAUAACAAAAAUAUUUUACUUUCUUCAGGAAUAUGCUUAAAUUUGCAAUGAUAAAACAAAGAAAUCCUUAAAUUUGAUUAUCUUCUAGAUGCAGAAUAUUACCCUGUGUUGAAAAUUUAAGGGAAAUGCUUUUUUUGAUUUACUCUUAUAAUGUGAAACUGUCUGCCUGUAGGUUCCAUAGAAAGCAUAUUUAAAGGUCAUUUAGAUAGGCUGAACUUGUUUAUCUUUAUUGAAAAUUAUAACUUAGAUGAAAUACUGAAGACGGUAUUUCUAUUUUUUUCUUUUAAUAUUAUACAGGUGCUAAAAUAAAGCCUAUUAAUACAU